AUGGGUGUACGAAGGCUCAUUGCCGAUAGAAAGUCUCUACCGUCGGACGUCACAUAUGAUGGAGUGACCCCAUUGAUGCCUACUACCAGCAAGCCGAUACAUGUCGUGUUCUUCUUGAUGCUGGCGCCGCAGAAUUACCAACGACGAGCUACUGUUCCAUUGUAUGGCAAAUACCUUGUCCCACUUGACUUGACUCAUCAUCCCUUUAGAACUGCUCUACAUUUUGCUCUGGCGGGACCUCUCCUUCCAGAGGCUUCGGUCACGGCUCUCAUGGCGCAUGCAGACCCAUGGGUCCCCUACUGGGCAUUUGCCCGGCUGAGUGGAAUAUGUUGGAAAGAUCUACUACCCAUGUUCAAUCUGGAUACUGUCCGUGUUCUCAUCGAGCACGGCGGAAGCUGCAUCGAUUUUGGAUGGUCACCAUAUUCAGGCCACGAUCCGGAUUGCAUUAAUGAAGUCACUAAUAUGACAGUUGGUCAUCUGUCCCAGAGUACGCCGGAAGAUUUCCUCUGGGUGACUGCAUCUGAGAGAAUCAAUCUCAUGGGCCUGGAGUUAGACCUUUUCUACAUGUCUAUGGCCAUGACGCAGUGUCGCGUAAAGAAUUCGAAUAUUCGCAGAAUCUACACCGUUUUCUCAAAUGCCAGCGAUUUGUCAAGAUUGGUGAAAAUCCACGACAGCUAUCAAUCUACCGUCUUACACCGUCCACUUUCUCGUCCACCAUAUGUCGAAGACGAUUAUUUACAAAUUGUCCUACAAAGCUGGAUCAAUUGGUACAAGUAG